AUGGUUUAUGGUUGCCUUCCGUCCUUCUUUCAUUGGGAGGAGAGCUAUACAAUUGUUUUGAUUCCAUGGGCUCCCAGAAAUCUCUCUCUUUUAAAUUGUGCUAGAUCUUUCCCGCCUUUCCUUCUACUCAUUGCACAAACCGGCAAACCUCUAUGCCGCUGUACACAAAAAUCUGAUGAGCCUUAUUUAUUCUUUAUGUUAUCAUCAAAUCUCAGAUUGCUGCAUUUCAUUUCUAAACCUCUCUUCUUAUUAGACCCUUCUCUGCUUUCUUCUUCUUAUUGCUCUCUUCACGCACGUUCUCUUCCUCCUCUCAAAGGAAGAAAACCACCCGCCAACGGUAACAAAACCCAUGCCCUGCUUCUCAGCAACCCAGUUCUCUCAAUCCUACAAAUAUGCAAAUCCUUGCCCCAGCUGAAACAAAUCCAAGCCCAAAUGACCAUCAAAGGCUCAAUGUCAGAUUGGUUCUUUUCCAGCCGCCUUAUCGCCUUUUGCGCCUUGUCGGAACACAAAAAUCUUGAUCAUUGCAUUAAAAUUUUGUACAAUUUGCAAAGUCCAAAUGUUUUUUCAUGGAAUGUUACUAUUAGAGGCUGUGCAGAGAGUGAAAACCCCAAAGAAGCAAUUUUUCUUUAUAAGCAAAUGCUUAGAAAUAAUGGGUUUAUUAGGCCGGAUAAUUACACUUACCCUUCUUUGCUUAAAGUUUGUGCCUUUUUAAUGUUGAAAUAUUUGGGAUUUGAAAUUCUUGAUCAUGUUUUGAAAUUGGGUUUUGAUGCAGAUUUAUAUGUUCACAAUGGGGUAAUUCACUUUUUGGUUUCAUGUGGUGAAUUGGAGUUGGCAUAUAAGGUGUUUGAUGAAAGUUGUGUGAGAGAUUUGGUUUCUUGGAAUUCUUUGAUUAAUGGCUAUGUUAGGAGUGGGAGAGCAAACGAGGCAAUAGGGGUUUAUAGGAAAAUGCGGGAGGAGGGAGUUGAGCUGGAUGAGGUGACGAUGAUUGGGUUGGUUUCUUCGUGUGCACAGUUGGAAGAGUUGAAACUUGGGAGAGAUUUUCAUAAGUAUAUUGAAGAGCAUGGAGUGAAUUUGACAAUUCCAUUAGCUAAUGCACUCAUGGACAUGUAUGUUAAGUGUGGAAAUCUUGAGGAAGCACAAAGGAUAUUUGAUAACAUGGAGAAGAAAACCAUUGUUUCUUGUACUACAAUGGUAGUUGGUUAUGCUAGAUUAGGGCAUUUGGAUGCUGCUCGAAAGCUUUUUGAUGAGAUGCCCGAGAAGGAUGUUGUACCAUGGAAUGCGAUAAUUGGAGGUUAUGUUCAAGCCAAGUGUAGUAAGGAGGCUUUGACUUUGUUUCAUGAAAUGCAAGCUGGUGGUAUAAAGCCUGAUGAGGUGACCAUGGUUUAUUGUUUAUCUGCAUGCUCACAACUUGGAGCCCUUGAUGUUGGAAUUUGGAUUCAUCAUUAUAUUGAAACACACAAACUUUAUUUGAAUGUUGCGCUGGGAACUGCUCUAGUUGACAUGUAUGCUAAGUGUGGGAACAUCACAAGGGCUAUUCGGGUUUUCCAUGAGAUGCCAUCUAGAAAUUCUUUGACUUGGACAUCAAUUAUUGGAGGUUUAGCUCUUCAUGGAAAUGCACAUGAUGCCCUAUCUUAUUUCUCAGAGAUGAUUGAUGUUGGGUUGAGGCCAGAUGAGGUCACUUUUCUUGGGGUUUUAUCAGCUUGUUGUCAUGGUGGUUUGGUGGAAGAGGGUCGCAAACUUUUUUCGCAAAUGACAUCUAAGUUUGGUCUGUCUCCUCAGCUCAAGCACUAUUCGUGCAUGGUGGACCUUCUUGGUAGGGCUGGGCUUUUAGAUGAAGCAGAAGAGCUUAUCAAUGGCAUGGAAAUUGAGCCUGAUGCUGUGCUGUGGGGAGCAUUGUUCUUUGCAUGUAGAAUGCAUGGAAAUUUUUUGAUGGGAGAAAGAGCUGCUCUAAAACUUCUAGAACUGGACCCUCAUGAUAGUGGUAUUUAUGUACUGCUCGCCAAUAUGUAUGGGGAUGCAAAUAUGUGGGAGGAAGCAGGGAAGGUUAGGAAGAUGAUGAAAGAGAGAGGAGUAGGGAAGACCCCUGGUUGUAGCUCAAUUGAGCUAAAUGGCACUGUUUAUGAGUUUAUUGUUAGAGAUAAGUCUCACCCUGAAACUCAACAGAUAUAUGACUGCUUAAUUCAGCUAACACGACAUUUGGACUUUGUUGAAUUUACUUAUGGUCUUCCUAAAUGUUACAAUGACUUUCUCUUAGGCUUGGAACUUGAAACCCAACGAUCUAAUUCCAUGCAAAUUAUUCAGUAAAGGCCUUUACCAUAUCAAAGGUAUUCCAAGUU